GAGAAUCGAACUCGGGUGUUUGUAGGGUCGAGGUUUCCUUGCUGUUCUCUCUCUCCUCUCUUGUGCUUCAUUCUUUCUCGUCCUCUGUUCUGCCGGAACAGGAUGUGAUGCCACACAGUGGCCGCUCUCUCCUGCACCACCACCACCAUCACCACCACCCACCCACCCACGUGUAACAAGGGCUCCCUCUCUCGCUCUCUCUCUCUCUCGGAAGAAAGAAAACGCGCGGGAAGAAACAACAGCAGCUUCGGAGUCAAGCAAAUGUUCAGAUUGUUCUCGUUAUGGCGACUUGUACAAGGAAUGAUGGGUCCUCGCCCGGUUGUGCUGAGUGGUCCGUCGGGCGCAGGGAAGAGCACGCUGGUGAAGCGUCUCAUGCAGGAGUACGCCGAUGUCUUCGGCUUCAGUGUGUCCCAUACGACGAGAAAUCCAAGACCAGGGGAAGUUAACGGCAAAGAUUACCACUUUGUCUGUCGGGAGGAGAUGGAGAAGGGCAUCUUGGCGGAUGAGUUUAUAGAGCACGCCGAGUUCUCAGGGAAUUUGUACGGCACCAGUAAGAAAGCAGUGGAGGUUAUCCGAGACCAUAACCAAAUCUGCAUCCUGGACUUGGACAUCCAGGGCGUACGCAGCAUGAAACGUACCACCUUGAACCCACUCUACCUCUCCAUACACCCACCUUCAAUAGAAGCGCUGGAGGAGCGUCUGCGUGGCCGUAAGACAGAGUCGGAGGAGAGCAUACAGAAACGCUUGGCAGCUGCAAGGGCUGACAUGGAGAUCAGCAAGGAACCAGGAAUCUUUGAUGCGGUGAUAAUUAACGAUGACCUGGAUGAGGCAUACAACAAGCUCAAGGACGUGCUAUCUGAGGAGAUUCAGAAGGUGCAGGCUUCCAAGGAGAAUUAGAGACAUCUAAAAUCUUCCAAUGUCAAGAAGUGCAGAUGCACAUUAUAUCAAAAAUUGUAGCUCACAUGUGCACAGUACUAAUAACAAUUGUGUAAUGCUAUUUGCUGUAUUCACUUAAGGGAAUCUUAUGAUAUAUAUAAAGUCACGAUAUAUAUCCUGGCAAUUAUAAAUUUACUUGACCGUAAUAUUGUACUUGAAAUGUACACGAUGUCCAUUAAGAUUGUCGUGCAAUAUUAUCUAUAAUAGAGGUUUUUGGGUGAGAUCACGUAAAUAUAAAUGUGUCGUUAAACCUGCCACCACCAGACACAGCCAAUUAAUAAGGUUUGUCAUGUAAACAAAACAUGCCAAUUCGUUAUUACUAGCACAGCACACCGGUGUGUUGGAGAGUAAACCCACAACAUUUACAAUUCGAGUACAACGUUUCGCCAGUAAUUACAACUAGCAUCAUCAGGCUACAGCCUUUAAAUUUAAGUGAUCUAACCCAAAAACCUCUAUUAUGGUUAAAUCGUUACAAUUGGACAGCAGUUUUAACUAAGCUGAAUGUUGGCGUUAUGUAAAAGAUAAAUAAUAUGCUGAACAAAUGAAAAUCUCAAGUAAUCUUCAACAGCACAUAACAGAAGCAUUCGAGACGAUCAGAGCAGAGACGUUGGCGAAUGCCCCAGACUCUCAAAUCUCGAUGUGAUGUGUGUCACCAACACCAAGUGUGUGUGUGUGUGCGGUUUUAUUCACUUUGCUCACACCAUUGUCGAAUGCUGAUUAAUAAUGGACAAUACCAGAUUAUGCUAUAUUUAUGAAGAUGCCUUUUCCUAAGGUUUUUGGAACCACAUGAGGGAGAAGUUUUAUAUUUUCUGUUGCAAUAGUUACAAUUGAAUAAAAUGAAAGCCAUUACAAUUA